CUCGGUCUAUACACGUUUUUUAAUGCCACAAGUUGAUAUAAAUAUGUGCAUAGGAGUACUGCUUAGUCCUACGUAAGUUUCGUUGCUCGUUAAUAACUCCAUUUAACGAUUUUAUCGCCGAUUUUACGUUACGGUGGGUGUCGCCGGGCGAUGACGUCACGACGUAUUCCACUGACAGCGGUUACGCCUGAUCAUUAAAAUCUGCCCUUAAGAAGAGCGCAGAUAAAUGUUGUUUAUUUUUGUCUGUUUGAGACCCAUAAAAACAGCCGUGCGGUCCACCCGCUUGAAUAUUAGAAGAGGAGAGUGCUCAGGGGCAGAUCGGCGUGGCAUCUGCCCGGUCCAGUCAGGGUUUUUCCCAGUCUACGUACGACGGGUCUUGGUCCAUCUCGCCCCCGUUCUUCGUGCAGCCCAACUGGUGGAUACUCGCACCCAGAGCUGCGAUUUGACCCUGAUACCCGUGGAUGGUGUCGAUCGGGCAACCGGCGGAUGUCGAAGUCAAAUCUCAUAAUGGAACCAACGUUUAGUAUGUAAAUCCAACAUCCUUGAAGUUUCAGAUCAUUCUUUCUGUUUUCACACUUACAAGCACAAUGUCAAGUAGAAGGAAGUCCACGACCCCCUGCAUGGUGCUUCCAUCAGAUGUCGUUGAGCAGGAUCCAGAUAUGGAGGCCCUGGAAGGAAAUGAUGGAGCUGAGAGUAUGGCAGACGCUCCUACGGAGGGAGCAGUAGUUCCCAUGGAAACAGAGACAGAAUACGAAGGAUGCCAUUUCUCCGACGAGGACUGUCGCUCUUCAGGAAAACGCUCAGGUCAAACGUCACUAGAUCAGCCUGUCUCUGAUCUGACCGCUGAGGGUGGUUUUGUGCAGACAGAGAUGGAAGACAGCGACGAUACCUCAGUUACUGGCAUCUCUCUCAGCAAGACUCCCAUAAUGAAACUGAAAAGCAAGUCUGAACCCAAGAGAAUAGCCAUGUCUCUUAAAGGCACUAGUGAAAGUGAAACAGUGCCUGAAAGCGAGUUGGAACUUGAGCCGUUGGAAGCGUCGGUGAUGUGUUCCUCCAUGGCAGCAGAGUUGAUGAGCCCAUUGCUCACAGAGUCUGUGAAACCCAGUGUUCUUGUCAAUAUUUCAAAUCCUGUGGUAGCCGAACAGAAGAAAAUGAUUAUGAACCCUGCCACGGUCCUUCCCGCUGGCCUGGCACAGGUGCUUUCUGCCUUGCAGGCCCAGCAGACCGCCCAGGCCCAACUCCUCAUACCAGUUAGCAGCAUUCCCACCUACAAUGCUGCCAUGGACAGCAACGUGCUCCUCAUCAACACCUACAAGAAGUUCCCGUACCCCUCACUGUCCGAGAUCAUGGGACUCGCUGCCCAGACCAAGUUCACAGAGGAGCAGAUCAAGAUCUGGUUUUCUGCCCAGCGUUUGAAGCACGGCGUCAGCUGGACUCCAGAGGAGGUCGAGGAAGCCCGCAGGAAGCAGUUCAACGGCACGGUUCACACCAUGCCCCAGACUAUCACGGUCAUCCCAGCCCAUCAUCUGUCUACCACCAACGGCCUGCAGUCUAUUCUUCAGACCUGCCAGAUCGUGGGUCAACCAGGUUUGGUUUUCACGCAGGUUGGCACAGCAAACAGCCUCCCGGUCACCACGCCAAUAACCUUGACUGUAGCAGGGAUGCCCAAUCAGAGUCAGACACCCAAGAUGGCUACCAACCAGGCGAGUCCCGCCCUUAGUGAAACAAAGAGAGCGACCACCGUUCAGCCCCCGUCGCUGACCCCUCAAGAGAACUCGGCUCUCAGUGCCGACCAUUUUGGCCUGCGCCCUAAAAAAUCCAAGGAACAGCUGGCGGAAUUGAAAGUGAGCUAUUUGAAGAAUCAGUUUGCAUCCGAUGCGGAGAUAGCUAGGCUAAUGAAGCUAACUAACCUCACCAAAGGAGAGAUUAAAAAGUGGUUCAGCGACACCAGAUACAACCAGCGCAACUCUAAGAACAGCCAUGCCUUCAUUUCAAGUGAUCAUCCCAGGAGCAAUAGCAGUGCCACCAUCGUCAUCGAUUCCAGCGACGAAACGCCACAAUCCCCGACGCCGUCGCCCGUCAAGGAGAAGGAAACGCGGGCUAAGACCUGGAACACGUUCCCAGAUUUCACUCUGCAGAAGUUUAAAGAAAAGACCCCAGAACAGUUGGUGGUCUUAGAGGAAAGCUUUCAGAAAAGUGACACGCCGAGUGAUGAAGAGCUAAGCAGACUACGAGCUGAGACCAAGCUUACCAGACGAGAGAUUGACGCUUGGUUCACAGAAAAGAGAAAGAGCCCAGCGGCCGAUUCCUCGGAGGGAAAAGCAGAUGGUGAAACAGUCCAGAAAAAAGGCAGCCAGACUCCACCAGGAGGGAAAAGAUUGUGCAAAGAGAAGGUUAGUAAGAAAACCCCAGAGCAGCUUCAUGUUCUAAAAACUGCUUUCGUUCGCACCCAAUGGCCGUCCGCUGAGGAAUAUGACCAGCUGGCCGAGGAGAGCGGGCUGCCUCGCUCCUACAUAGUCAACUGGUUUGGCGACACACGCUACGCCUGGAAGAACGGCAACUUGAAGUGGUAUUUCUACUAUCAGAGCGGAAACGUGAAUGGCAACAAGAAUAGAAAACGGAGGAUUCGAAAUCGUGGCUGGGGGAGGUCCCGUAGUAGAAAACAGAAGAAGCACACAGAAACUGAGAAGUUGUUACCCAUCAGGUUCAAGUCGGGAAGAGAUAUUCUGAAGGAAUAUUACUUAAAGCACAAAUUCUUGAACGAACAGGACUUGGAUGAGCUUGUUGCCAAGUCUAACAUGAGCUACGAGCAGGUGAGAGAGUGGUUUGCAGAGAUUCUUCGAAAGGAGGAAAUGGGUACCGACCCGUUUGAAGAUAAAAUAGGAAAUGAAGAGGACGAAGACGAGUCACAGGGUGAGAAUGACACUGCUGUUGAGGAGCAAGGACCUUCUGCCAUGGGAGAUGAAGAUGGCGAUGAUGAUGAUGAUGACACGGAUGACAGUGACUCCUGGGAGCCGCCACAAAGUGUUCGGAAAGCGUUGUCGGUAUCUGAGGAUCAGUAAUCUUGACUUGGAGCGAUGGUCCUUUCGAAUGGACCCUGACUUCGCAGCUUUCAUGAACACAUGCCCUCUUCCACUGCAUUCGUUCUGCCUAGAUUUGACGUAGUUUAUGGUUUGAUGCUUGUUUUCAUGUGGAGAACCAUCUUUGGUUCAAUUCUGCAGCAGCCCUCGAAUCGUCAAGAAACCAAUUGAGCUUUUCUUUACCAGAAUUGAUCUGCACCUUUAACCGUGUACGUGCAAAGACAUCCUAUUCAAAGCCUUCAUCUUCGAUUGGAUAUGAAUUUUAGGGGGAUUUUUGUUAUUUGGAGUUAUUUGGAGAACCCUUAGUGCCAAAGGAAUCAAAUUGAAUGUUAUGGCUCUCUGCAAAAUAGCAAAUAUGCUUGAAUAUAUCAUCCAAAAAUUAAAAUCUGCUCAUUUAUUAAUUCUCACAUCAUUGUGGAACACAAAAGAGUGUAUUUUGAGAAAUGUCUCCGUGGUUUUUUGUUUAUACAGUGGAAGUCAAUGCGGGCAAAUGUUGUUUACCAACGAUCUUCAAAAAACCUUUUGCAUUCUGCAGAAGAAAGAAAGUGAAUGUGAUACGAGAGUGAAUAAAUGGCUGAACUAUC